GCCGUCGGGUACAGAGCAGAGGGUACCACAGGACACUGCCGCUGCUGCUGCUGGACCUCAACAACCAGCAACAAGAGACGCGCAAACUGCCUCGGAUAUCUCCUCUCCCUACCUCACCGCCGCCAGCUUUAUGUCCGGAUAUUCUGCUACUUGGACAUUAAAGCGGCAAGUUGAGAGUCAAAUAUGACAGCUCGUAUUUAGCAUUAAUGUGUCAGCGGCUGUGUUUGUGAGCUGUGAGUCUGUGAACCGGAGCGAGCGGAGCAACGCGUUUCCACCGACUGGACCUUUUUUACUUUUCGGCGAAGAAGGCUGUUCAUUUACGGCGUGCAUGGAUUUAAGGACGAGCGGUACUGGUUAUGACAUUAAGGAGCACUCUGUCCACUAAACAGACUGUUCGCUUGGCUGGGUACAAGGAGUAGCAAGCGAUAAGACAAUUACAUAAUGUCAUUUUGGCUACUAUGAAAACACAGCGAAAAAGCUGCUAACGAUAGCGGCGACGGAGCUCUAUCAAGAUAAAACAGGCGGUAGACAUUAAGGUCAUUUACAUCACGUGUGUUAGUACAGGACUGUAAUGUUAUAAUGUGUAUUUUAUUCUUUUUAAUCUUUCGUGCUACAGAGUAACGAGGUCUGCAACUCCAUUAGCACAGUUAAGUUGGUGUCACUUGUAGAAUUUGGACUAGGCUAAGACUACAAAGAAGACAACGACGUUGAAUUUGGCGUCUAAAUUCGUCAAAAACAACACAACGGACGGCGAAGUUUGACAGCGAAACUCCCUCAAGGGCUGAGAGGUCACCGGGACCGGUCAUCUCCUUUCCCUCCUCCCCCUCCUCCUCCUCCUCCUCCCAUCAGUCUGUUAUGAAGAUGUGAACUCUUCCCUCCCUCCCUUCCUCUUUCUCUCUUCGCCGUCCAGGACACUUUGAUCUUUUUUUUCCCUCUGUUUGGUACAAAGAGAUCAAAGGCGACUCCCUCCUCUCGGGGAUGUACGAAAGCGUGGAUGUUGUGGGUUUUAGCCCCAGCCCCAGCAGCCCCAGCCCCGGCUCCUUUCUGAGCAUGGACUACUACCACAGACCCCCGGGGCUCGGGCCGGAGAAGGGACUCCUGUCUGGUGUAGGAGGACUCCAGCGUCCGUUCGGAGGAUCCCUGGUGACCGUGAGACACUGGAGCGGCUCCAGCCACUCCAUAGAGACUGAGAGCACGAGUUCAGGAGAGGACCUACUCAUCCCCAGCCCCCCCUCACCUCCACCUCCACCCCGUGUCUACAAGCCCUGCUUUGUAUGUCAGGACAAAUCUUCAGGAUACCACUAUGGAGUCAGUGCCUGCGAGGGUUGCAAGGGUUUCUUUCGGAGGAGCAUCCAGAAGAACAUGGUGUACACAUGCCACCGAGACAAAGUGUGUGUCAUAAACAAGGUGACGAGGAACCGGUGUCAGUCCUGUCGACUGCAGAAAUGCCUCGAAGUCGGCAUGUCCAAGGAGUUGGUGCGAAAUGAUAGAAUGAAGAAGAAGAAAGAAGAAAAGAGGCAGGGGGAGACAGAGAUCUACGUCCUGUCAGCAGACACAGAGCAGAUGAUUGAACGAGUCCGCCGGGCCCAUCAGGACACAUUUCCUUCCCUCUGUCAGCUGGGAAAAUACACCACGAGCAACAGCUCAGAGCACCGUGUCGCUCUGGAUGUCAGUCUUUGGGACAAGUUCAGUGAAUUGUCCACCAAAUGCAUCAUUAAGACAGUGGAGUUCGCCAAGCAGCUCCCUGGUUUCACCACGUUAAGCAUCGCUGAUCAGAUCACCCUGCUCAAAGCCGCCUGCCUCGACAUACUGAUUCUAAGGAUCUGCACCCGCUAUACCCCCGAUCAGGACACCAUGACCUUCUCAGAUGGUUUGACUCUGAACCGCACCCAGAUGCACAACGCAGGGUUCGGACCUCUCACAGAUCUGGUAUUCUCCUUUGCCAACCAGCUGCUCCCACUGGAGAUGGACGAUGCAGAGACAGGAUUACUCAGCGCCAUCUGCCUGCUCUGUGGAGAUCGUCAGGAUCUGGAGGAGUCAGAGAAGGUGGAUGUUCUUCAGGAGCCAAUGCUUGAAGCCUUGAAGAUCUAUGUGAGGAGGAGGAGGCCUGAGAAACCCUGUAUGUUCCCUAAGAUACUGAUGAAGAUUACAGACCUCAGGAGUAUCAGUGUCAAGGGAGCAGAGCGAGUGAUCACACUGAAGAUGGAGAUACCCGGCUCCAUGCCUCCUCUCAUCCAGGAGAUGCUGGAGAACUCUGAGGGACUGGAGGGGCAUGGAGCUGGAGGAGGGAAAGGGGGAGGAGGAGGAAAAGGAAGAGGAGGAGCCAGAGAAGAGAAUGAAACGGAACUCGGCAGCUGUCAACCAAGUCCGUCACCCAAAUCGGUUUCAUCUCCCAGCCUGAGCCCUGCACCCUGCUCCCCCUCUUCUCCCUCCCCCUCCACCUGAAGUCCUCAGCGCCUCUGCUCUACACAGCGCCACCCCACGGCAUAUCGUGGUACUGCAAGAAAACCAACGACACCGCAGACUGGAAGCAGGAAAAACUGCACCUAAUAACGUGAUGUGGAGGACAAAAAGUCUGACUCUCUGAACCCAUUAACUAGUUACUGGUGACAUGUUUUGUCCAUGACAUUAUUAAACCUUAUGCCUACCAGCAGGGAGGUUAAUUUUUAGGUGGUAUGAGGUUAAAUGAAGCAGAUAUUCUAUGGUGUGGGGACUGAAUUUGUGUUCAGACAUCAUGGUUUUAUACAUCAAAUGCAAAAAACAGCAUUUUUGCAAUCUUUUUAUAUAAUGCAGAAAAAGUGUAUUAUAUGCAAACUGUGUGAACCGAAAUGAAGGAUGAUGAAGAUAUUUAAAUGUGGACAGACUGAUGAAGAGGAUUCAUAUCCCCCCAUAUGAAGUGAUGUAUAGUAUGCAAAAUUAUUAUUUGUAUUAUAUUGUAUAUAAAAAGGCUGUGAAAGAAGUUGUUGAACUGAGGUGGACUUAUACAAGAGGUUAUUUUCCUAAAUGUAAAUUUGUAUAUACUGUUUCUCCCCAAUACAGCUGUAAAUAGUUCUUCCUUCAACCCCCCCUCCA